AUGAGCAGUCAAGAUCCACAGUUAAAAGAGAUAUUGGCUUUGCUUGAACGAAAGCAAAACAACCCAGGGGACGCCGAUAUCGAAACUGACUUUUUUAACGUGGCUCUAAAAUAUCUUUUGUCCCCUACUGCUAAUCACUGGUGGUGUACUAAAACAACACAGCCUAUCGCACAAGAGUCUUUAUGGUUGUUCUCUUUACCUGAUCAUGACCCUAUUGUACAAUACAAACAAAAGCUCAAUAACCAACUUCAGUCAUGUACAACCUGCGUAGAAGUCUAUCAAACAUCGAAACCCGUCAUAAGAAAAAAGUACGAAGACACAUUUCCAGUAGCCACCGUAGAAGAUUUCUUUCAAGGCAUCAAACGCUUCGAUACCAAUCGAGUUUUAUAUGCCCUUCAGACACAGACAAAGUUUAGCAUGACAAGUCAAAUCAUGUGUGCUAUUCUCGAGGUCAUUUAUGCACCUCAGUUACUUCAAGACAACGCGCUAGACGAAGUGUUCGGUAAGACGUUCAACCUGAUUCAGCAAACAGGCUCUUUUCCUACUUUUGGCACCGAGACAGCCACACAUAUCUUUCGUAUGACAUUUUAUCACCACCGUGUUGUACGAUUUUGGUCGAGAAAAUUGUUGGAAAAGUUCAUUACAGCAGAUCAUUAUGUUUUGUCUGAACAGGAUUAUGUCAAGGUCAAAGAUUUGAUAUUCGGCAUGCUCACAUCAUUUGCAAAAGAAGACGAAUUUACAGAUAUUAUCCAGGCUUGUCAUUUCACAAUCACUCAGGACUUGGGUGAAUUUUGGAAAGCAUUUCGACUGUUUUCAGCGAUGGCGCAGACGGAUCUGCUGCUCAAAUGCCUUGAAGAAUCGGGUACAUCUAUGUCUGAUUUAAUUCAAGCCCAACUCUCGAGUUCAGCAGAAUGGCUUGGAGAAAUCCUCAAGACAAUGACAGCCAUGUUACUCAAGAUGCAGGUUGGAUUUUGGGGUAAAUUAUCAAAAAAGAGCAGCACCUAUUACGAUAUCAUCAAACAAAUUUGCGAGCACACUGUGUUCCAGACAGCCAUGAAGAUUGCUCGAGAAGGCAAUACAGGCAAAAUAUUACAGCGAGAUGGUAGUCCAUAUCCAGAUGAUAAAUUGAUGGCUAAGAUCAAAAGUAUGCUGGAAUGGAUCUAUCCAUUUUGGUCUUCGUUACGACAUACGCAUGUAGAAAAAGACAUUACAGACAAAAUACUGGAUACAACAUUUGGCUACUUUCAAAUGAACACAUGGGGGGUGAUGAGCAGAGCUUAUUGCGCUGAACUAGGUCUACAAAUCAUUGACCAAUGUUUAGCUGAUAAUUCUGUGCCUGUCAACAAGAUCAAUGAAUAUAUUACCAAAAUGAUUGAAUUUGCAGCCAAAGACGAAAACACAUUGCCUGCACUGGUGCAACAUAUGCCCAAAGUUGCUAGAGAUGUUUUAUCAGACCUCGUUGAUCGAGAUUCAAGCUGCUUAAUUGCAGCAUUCAAUGCAGUCUAUCAACUCGAAGAUUCUAUAGAGGAAGAUGUAGCACCCGUAGAGCUACAAUCGCCUUAUGAAAAGAUUUGGAUUUCCAUCAAGGCCUUUUCGAAUCGAAACAUUGAGCAGUAUCCUUGGUUAGGCGUUAUUUUAUUUAAAGCAUAUGCUAAUGUUGCCUCGAUGGAUAUACCUGGUCUUUUGGCUGAAUCAACAGAAGGCAGACAAGUGCUUGGCAGAAUAGCACACAUUCGUAAUGCUGUUGCCAAAAUGCUUCAAGUGUUUUCCAAAGUCGAUUGGAACAUAAGAAAGUUCUUUUUUCAAGACAAUGACAGCAUGAUGAAGCCAAUUCUUCAUCUGUUGUGUUCUCCUUAUUCAGAAAUCAAAGAAAACGCAGCCAGUUUUAUACAGCAACAACCCCGAGUCAUGAGUGAUUAUGAUCUUUACCACGACUUUUUCUAUGCAUCCAAGCCAUUUAAAGUGAUUGAAGAAUUCAAUUCGAUUUUAAGAGAAUUUACAACCUUGACAAAUGCACCUCAGUUAGACGUCUUUCGAUCUGUACCUACACUUGCUUCCUUUCUAGCCAUUCAGCUUGAAAUCCUGAUGGAAUACGUUCCAACCCUCUCAAAUCAAGUUCAGGAUGAGGAUGGCGUCUUGAGUGAAUUUUGGGAUAUCUGUUGGCGUACAGUCAGUGUCAUUUUAGAAAAAGGAUUAGUUUGGGCAACUAAAUACAAACCCUCAGCCGUCGUCAAUUUGGUAGUGCCUGUGCUCGACAUUGCCAGAAACCUGAUGAAUUCGAAGCAACUGUUUGAAAAAGCAAUUCAAGCAACAACAAACCAAGAGCGUAUCACUUUGGCUUAUGAUCAUAUCAAUACCAUGACAGAUUCUCUUUCGCAUUGGAUCUAUGUGACACGGCAAGACAUGAUCUCAAGGCUUGUGCCACUCACUAUUCAUAUCCUCAAGGUAUUACAGAAAGCAGAAACCAAGAUUUCAGUAGAAGCCUAUGAUCGAUUAAUGACAGCAGCCACAGGCGUCAAUGAUAGCAAAUUAAGCGAUGAAGAUCGCACCAAGUUAUUCACAGCAUUAAGUGCUCAUGAACCUACCAAUUUCAUCUUUAUGAAGGACGAAAGUGAUGAUGAAGAUGUAGAAUGGCAGACCAUCAAAGAACCUUCACCACAGCCACCACCACAACCACCAAAAUCAACAAAAUCAGCAAAGCAACGACAAACCACUUUAGACCAGAGUUUCUCCAAGGUUACUCUACAAAGCCCUACUCGUCCUGCAACAACAACUCCCAAGAUUACUAGAUAUUUUGCAGCUACAUCGUCAGAACCUCAAGUAAUUUCAGACGAUGAAGAUGAUUUUGACAAGUUGUAUGGUGAUACAGAUUUAUCUCAAGUGCCUGAUGAAUGGUUUAUUAAACCUGAACCCAAAGAACCAAAUACAGAUACAUUGCAUACCAACAAAAAUGACCCCAUGGACAUUGAAGCCGAUGCACCACGGCCUACUGUGGUUAAGCCUGCUCGUACAACAAGUACAGCUCGUUUCUAUCCACCUGAAAACAAAAUGCCUACAUUUGCUGUUACUAGCCGAGGGCGCAAAUUGCGUCCUCCCACUAUGGGUUUCUCUUCCAAAAUGCGAAGCUUGAGAGAAGAGCAUCGAGCAGAACGUCGUUUAAUUGCUGCUGCUAAAUCCCCUUCUGCAGCAGGUGUCGUACGACAACGCUAUGGUGGCGAUAAUUCAUCUGAUUCCGAACCCUCAUCAGAAGAAGAAACAGAAGAUGAUUCUGGCUUAUGGGACUUAAUUCAUGAUAUGGGCGAUUCAGGACCUUCUGUUCAAGGCAAACAUAACCAAAUUCAAGCGGAAUCUGCUAGUGUCAAAGCAUUGUUUGAAAGUAAACCUAAGCGUACUACCAAGUUAUUAGAGACACCUAUUACCAAUGACUACUUGGACCGUAAAAUCAAGGCCAAAGUACAAGAACAGAAGCGUCGACAAAAGAUAACGCCCAGCAUUGAUCGUUUAUUCAAGGCAAUCUUCUCUUGGGAUAUUACUGAAUCAAGAGAAAUCCCACCCAAUACAAAUGAAGCUAUGUACAACAAUGUACCUUCGACGUUUGCUACUUUUCAAGAAUACCGUUCUACAUUUGAACCACUACUUAUUUUAGAAACAUGGUGUCAAUUGUUGCGAGCUAAAGAACAGUUGAAUCAGAACGAUGUGCUGGAUCGCUGUAUUGUAGAAGGUCGCUGCCACACCAAUGAUUUUGUUGAUAUUACAUUUAGCUUGCCCAUGAGUGUCAUCACGAACAACUUGACACCUGAUGACUUGGUUUGCGUUGCAAAUCAUUUUGGGCCUCAUUUCUUUGCAGACAAUGACCGAGUUGCUUGGAAGGGCAAAUCGUUUUUGGGUAAAGUCACUUCUAUCAAUCAAAAAAGAAAUAUGGGUGAAGUUGUAGUAAGAUGCUAUUUUACUACAGAUCGUAUCAGUCUCUUGAACUCUUUGUCUCCCAAGACAUCAUGGAAUAUUCUCAAGAUUAUGAGUUUGACAACGACAAUGCGUGAAUACGCAGCAUUAGAAGGCCUUGAAUAUUAUGAUUUAGGUCAAGACAUUAUUAAGCCUAAACCAUCACCUCAGACAACUAUCAGCAGUGCAACCAUUCGACAAUACUGUGAGCGGUACGAUGUCAAUGAGCCUCAGUCAAUUGCCAUUAUCUCUGCCAUUCAGAAAAAGCGAGGGUUUUCUCUCAUUCAAGGUCCUCCUGGUACUGGUAAGACAAAGACGAUUUUGUCAUUAAUUGUUUCUUUGCUGGACCAACGCGCAAACACAACCAGCUCAAACCAACCCUACGGUGCUGGUAAACUCCUUGUAUGUGCUCCAAGUAAUGCUGCUGUUGACGAAAUUGCCAAGCGACUUAAAGAAGGCGUCAUGACCUCCAAUGGUAUGCGUGCACCUAACAUUGUCAGAAUUGGUGUAGCAGACUCUGUCAAUGCUAGCGUCAAGGACCGUAUCUUGGAACGACUGAUUGAAGCUGAAAUGGAUGAGUCAGGCGGUAAUUCAGCCACCGGUGGAAAAUGGGGAGCCAAAUUAGAAAGCUUGCAUCAAGAUAUUCGCAACAUUCAAAUCAGUCUGGAUGAUGUGGAUCGUGAAAUUACACAAUCAGGAAGUGAUAUGGUCAAGAUGUCUAUCUUGAGAGACAAGAGAAAAGCACUGGGUGCCAAGUUAGUCAAGACCAGAAUCAUAUUGAAAGAUACAUAUCAAGAUCAAAAGAAUCACGGCAGAGAAAUGGAAAUUUCACGACUCCGUGCACGUCAAAAAGUGUUUGCUAAUGCAGAUGUUGUGUGUGCAACACUCAGUGGUAGCGGGCAUGAUAUGUUGACGGCUAUGGGUGUUUCUUUUGAGACGGUCAUUGUAGAUGAAGCAGCUCAGUCCAUUGAAAUCAGUUCUUUGAUUCCCUUAAAAUUUGAUACGCAACGAUGUAUCCUUGUGGGCGAUCCUAAUCAAUUGCCACCUACUGUUAUGUCUACAUUGGCUGCAAAAUAUGAUUAUCAGCAAAGUUUGUUUAUGAGACUAGAAAAGACUGUGGAGAAAGAAGUCAAUCUUCUAAGUAUUCAAUAUCGUAUGCACCCUGAUAUCAGUCGAUUUCCUAGCAAGAUGUUUUAUCAGUCUCGACUGUUAGAUGGACCCAACAUGUCUACUGUUUCAUCUGCUGUAUGGCACACAAUGCCUGAAUUUCCUCCUUAUCAUUUCUUCAAUGUCUCUCGUGGUCAGGAAAAUGUAGGCCGAGGCAAAUCUAUCUAUAAUGUGGCAGAAGCAGAUGCUGCUGUUGCUCUUGUUGAUAUGUUGUGCACUCGAUUCCCUACCAUCAAGUUUGCCUCUAAAAUUGGUGUCAUUACACCUUAUAAACAGCAAGUCAGUCAAUUGAAAUCAUGCUUUCGCAAUCGUUUUGGCAAUGGUAUCAUUGAUGUAAUUGAUUUUAAUACUGUAGAUGGUUUCCAAGGUCAAGAAAAAGAAAUCAUCAUCUUUUCAUGUGUCAGAGCUGGAUCAGGCCGUGGUAUUGGUUUCUUGGCGGAUGUGAGACGUAUGAAUGUAGGCUUGACUCGUGCUAAAUGUUCUUUGUUUGUGUUGGGCAACGCUCGCUCUUUAUCCAAUAGUGAAUAUUGGGGAGAUCUUGUACGCGACGCAUCCCAUCGAAAAUUAAUGACUGAAUGCAAAUACCCUUAUUUUGGCCAUAGAAUGGAGAAUACAUCGAUACCCAGCAACAUUUUCGAAAAAGAUAUUGUUAUCACUAAAAAACGCACCCUACCACAAAAGAAAGGACCUAUCAAAAUUGCUCGACCAAAGUCAUUACCGGAUGAUAUGGGUUCAGAGACAGAGACUGUGGGUGAAAAGCGUAAAGCAUCGCCUGUUCUUGAGCUCUUGCAUUCGAAAAAGAGAGGCACUAUUGAUGAGGAUGUUGUUAUGGAAGACAAAUCAUUUAUAGACAAAGUGCGUAUGGAGAAAAAAGCAGCGGGUCGUGGUGUGCCUAUUGUUGCACCUUCAAACUCGAUGCAAAAGAAGAAAGUUUCUAUGGCAGAAUACAACUCCAUGAGAGGAAACGAUAACCAUAACAACAAAUCAAGCUUGUUUAUCAACCGAAAGAGGCCCGGCGUCCAAAAAUCUCGUCAUGAACAACACAGAAACUGGCCUGAAAGUAUAAGUGCUCGAGAAAAAGCCAUGAUGGAUGCAAGUAUUAUCUGA